AAAAAAAAACAAUGGCACCCCAUGGAGAGACAAUUACCAAAUCAUCCUACGUUCGAACAAAAAACGUUACCAAGCCCCCUAGACUCUCCAACGAUAAUUUGCAACGUACAAUGUCCGAUAUUUCGUUCGAAUGGAACGCAAUAUGUCCCGUUGAUUCUUCAAAUCUACCACCAAUUUCCGAAGUAGAAAAUGCCAAGUGUGAGUGUUGUGGUAUGAGCGAUGAAUUCACACAUGAAUAUAUCGAUCGCGUUCGAAAAAAAUAUUCUGGCAAAUGGAUAUGCGGCCUAUGUGCAGAAGCAGUAAAGGAAGAAGCGGAAAAAAAUGGAGGAAAAAAUGAAGAAGCAUUAAGUAGUCAUAUGAGUUCUCAUAGCAAGUUUAAUAAAUUUGGUAGGGCUUAUCCUGUUCUUUAUCAAGCUGAAGCAAUGAGAGAAAUGUUGAAGAAAAGUAGUAGAGAUGGAAGGGGAAUUCUUAGGGCAAAAUCUAUAAGUCCAAGGGAUAAAAAUGUCAUAAAGAAGGGUACUACUGGGAUUGCAAGAAGUACUAGUUGCAUUCCUGCAAUUACUAAAGAGAUCAAUGAGCUUAAUUAAUUAAUUAACCUAGAUAAUUUGAUUUACUGGUCUAAUAUGUUGUGGAAUUAAUAAUGUUUAAUAACAAGAUUUGGACUAAUUAAACUAUUGUGUUAGUUACUCUUCGAGUUUUUUGGGGUUAAUUAGUUCAGGUUUUUAACCUUUUUUGUUCUCUCAUGUUAUGAGGGGUUUUAUGGUCACGUUUGUAACUCAAAUGUGACUGACCAAAUUUAUAUCCAUCAUCUCAGGAUGUUUAAUGUUGGUCUAUGAUGUAUUAUAUUUUAUUCAAAUUAAUACGAUCUAUUUGAGUAAGAUUUUAAAUAAUAUAAUUGCUGUAAGUCUUGAUUUU